AUGGCUCUCCGCACCAUCAUGCACCCGGCAGUCUUUCGAGAUCGUCGAGACAUCUACAUCGCUCUAACAGCGCCGGCACUGGGUUACCUCGCCGCGAGACUGAUUGCCAACGUCGUCUCGGCGGCCUCCUACUCCGGCAUCCUCCCCAAGCCCAAGACCUCACGGGCACCGGAGCAGAAAUUCCUGACGGCCGCGGAGACGGAAGACGUGCCCUAUGCCCCCGACGCGCUGCCGGGCGGCCGCAACGUCGACACGCCCUACGGCAACGCGCGCGUCUACGAAUGGGGCCCCGUGAACGGGCGCAAGGUCCUCUUCGUCCACGGCAUCAGCACGCCGUGCAUCGCGCUCGCGCGCAUGGCCAAGGCGCUGAUGCGGAGGGGAGGCUGUCGCGUCAUGCUGUUCGACCUCUUCGGCCGGGGGUAUUCCGACACGCCGGACCCGCGCGUCUACCGGCAGGACAUCAGCCUCUUCAGCGCGCAGAUGCUGGCGGUGCUGGCGUCGUCGGAGCUCGACUGGAUGGGCGGGUUCACGUUGGUGGGAUACUCCCUGGGAGGCGGCAUUGCGGCCGCGUUCACGUCGUACUUUCCCGAUCUCGUGGAGAGCUUGGUCCUCGUGGCGCCGGGGGGACUGCUGCGGUCGACCCGAGUCAGCGUGAGCAGUAAACUGCUGUAUAGCGGUCUUCUCCCGGACUGGCUGGUCCAUUACUGGGUCGGGAGCAAGCUGCGGGCGGCCGGAGACGUCAAGCCGAAUGUGCCCAAGAUGCGAUCUCUGCCGCCGGGAAAGAUUGACGUGACGGACGCCGCGACAGAGGAACUGCCCGACGACAACGGGGCGCAUGGGCAGGACAGUAUGUCGCCCAUCUUCGAGGAUCGGCCCAAGGUAUCGCCCGCCACCGCGGUCGCCUGGCAGGUCAAGGCACACGAAGGUUUCAUCCCUGCUUUCGUUUCUUGCGUGAAGUAUGCACCCAUCCACGAUGGUCACGAGAGAUGGCGGAUUGUGGGGAAGCGCUGCGAAGCGAGGCGGAAUCAGCUCGAGGCUAGAGGCUUGGUGGAAGGCAAGGUCUUGUUAAUUCUGGGCCUUCAAGACGUCGUCAUUUCUUCGUCCGAGACAGCCAAAGAUGCAAAGGAAGCACUGGGGGAAGAGAAUCUGCACAUGGCGAUUUUGCAGGGAGGACAUGAUUUGCCCAUCGUGAAUGCGGAAGGCUGCGUGAAGACGAUGAUGGACUUUUGGACAGGUGCUAUAUGA